AUGGCAUCAAAGCUCAUAGUAUUUGGAGGAAAUGGAUUUCUAGGUAAGAGAAUUUGUCAAGAGGCGGUAACAGCAGGCUACCAAGUCGUUUCUGUGUCAAGGUCUGGUAAAGCCCCUCACAGCAACGAACUAAAUGACAAACAAUGGAUACAGGAGGUCCAAUGGACUGCUGCCGAUAUUUUCAAACCAGACUCUUACCAUGAGUUAUUGAAGGGUGCUCAUAAUGUAGUUCAUUCUUUGGGAAUUCUUUUGGAGAACGAAAAUUAUAAGAAAACUCUAUCUAAAACUCCCACAAAUGAUUCAAAAUCAUAUCUUUUAUCUAUUGGCGCAGGUCCAAACCCUUUGAAAAAGAGCAAUCCUUAUUGGACUUAUGAAAUGAUGAAUAAACAAAGUGCUGUUAUUUUAGCAAAUACAUUCAAACAAGAAAUCUUAAAGGAAGGCAAAAUGGAGCAAGCAAAAGUAAAUGAAAGAUCCUUUACAUAUAUUUCUGCUGAUAAAGGUUUCCCGAUGAUUCCUGGUGGCUACAUUAACUCAAAAAGGGAGGCUGAAAUUGAAAUAGAAAAAAUGAAGAAAUAUUUCAGGCCUAUUAUUAUGAGACCUGGUUUUAUGUUUGAUGAGCGCAAGAACGCAAUCGAACCACGAUCAUUUAUUCACACCGCUCUUGAAUUACUUUAUUGCGGGAACAAGUUUUUAUUGCAAAACAAGCUGCAGUUUAUGAAUGAUCUCAUUAGGCCAACAGUAUCCACUCAGCAGGUGAGUCAUUCUAUUUUAACAAAGAUGAAGGAUCCGAAUUUCAGUGGGGUUGUUACUCUCGAGGAAAUACUCCACAUUUAA